AUGAGCGUGUCAUAUACAACAGCUUUUCAUGCGAUCAUAAUCGAUCGCAAUAUUGAGGAACACAACGGUCUAAGAGAAGGCCUAACCAUGUCGAAUACCACCACGGUGUUCUUGUAUCAGGGUGGNCAACAAGAACAAGAGAAUAUCCAUCCAUGUGAACAACCCAGAGAGACGGGUCCUUGUGAUCGUUUCGUUACCAAAUGGUACUACAACAAAGCCGAUGGCACUUGUAAUCGUUUCCAUUACGGUGGAUGUGAGGGUAAUGCGAAUCGUUAUGAUACCGAAAAUGCUUGUAAGGCUGAAUGCGGUGAAUAUGCUGGUGAGUUCUCGAUUUGUUGGGAUCCCUUCAUUUACUGUAUUAACUAG